AUGCUAUCGCGCCUUCCAUCCGAGCUACUGCUCAAUGUUAUCUCACAGCUAGAGCAAAGUGAUUUGAGGAGGCUCUGUCUCACAUCGAAAUCGUUCCAUGCCUUCGCAACUCCAAUCUUGUUCCGCUCACUGACUAUUUAUGCGGAGGAGUUUUCUCUUGACCUGCUGGACGUCGGUGGGCUCUUGAGUGCAAGUAGAAGCGAGAAUGGGACGAAUCUGCUACACCACGCGAGAGAUGUCCAAUUGGUGGCCCCGAUCUGCGACGACGCGACUGCCCUCCGGUGCGCUCAUGACAGGUCUAAUUACUAUGACUCUGACGACGAAGAAGACGAAGAAGACGAAGUCGUCGCCGGGGAGCUCGAGGGAGGCCUAUUGAGGGACAACCGCCUUACCGAUGCUGAGGGGGAGUCCAUGGCAAGGUGGAUGACCGAGGACUAUACGGAAAUGUGCGAUGCGCGACUGGCAAAUAGGUGCCUUGCGGUUUUGGUAAGGUGCAAGGAAGGAGCUCUGAAGAGCUUUGGCUGGCGACUGGGAAUAUGUAUCCCCGAGGGACUUCUAGGCCAUGGUGGAUAUUUGCCAUCGAAACAACCGCAGCUGGAAGAAAUAACGCUUCUUACCAACAACGAAUGUGAGACCGUCGAAUACGACUUGAGUGGAUUUGCGAAACUGAAGGCGCUUUCUUGGACUGGCCUGAGGGAUGAUGAUGCCAAUGCAUUGAGAAGCUGUUUUGAGCGGACAUCCCAGCAACUGAAAACGAUCGAACUAGACUAUUGGACCUCAAGAAACGUGGGUCAAAUAACAAGACCCGAGUAUAUUGGCGAAAAUAACCAGUUCGCCGAGGAAGUUCUGCAGGUCUCUGAAGAGGACGAGAAGCUGAUAUUCCCAGUAAUAGAGACUCUAUCUCUAUCAGGGGUCUCAUUCGAGUAUGCUGAAAAGGAAUUGGCCCUUGCUUUCAAUUUCAAAUCCAUCCAGUCAUUGACCCUCCGCUUUUGUUCCGGCUGGGAGGGCUUGCUUGGUGAGGUUGUCUCACUAGGGCAGCCGAUUCCUUUGAAGUCAUUCACGAUACAGUCAAAUGUCGAAUAUGAUGAUGGGUAUUGUGAAGACGAAACAAUAUCGGCAUUCUUGAAUGUGGUCGAGGGCCUGGAAGACCUCUAUAUCGCUACCAGUUCGCCCUCCAACUCGCUCCGAAUAUGGUGGGCCAUGGUUCGCCACAAAUUCACCUUGAGAAGCUUCGUCCAUCAUCAAAGGAGCAUAAGCGAUGAUACCGAAUUGUCCUGCGACCUUGCUGAUCUUUCAUUUUUGCCGGAAGAUUGCCCACGGCUAGAAGACCGCACACAAAACCCUCUUAGCAAUCUCCAGCUGAAAUGCGUAGGCUUGUCCUGUGUUCCAGAAUUCUUGAAGCCGAUUCUCUCCCCUCUUACUAAACAAAGAAGCCUGAGCGCUUUACAUGUCAGAGAGUCUGCCUCAGAUCGCGAGAACUUCCGCAGCCACUGGAUUGAGCUUCCGAAAAGACGGAUGUUUGCUGCGGAUGUAUCCAGCGAUGAGGGUGAUGAUAAAGACGGUGAUGGGGACUACCAACGGCCAUUCCGAAGUAUCGAGCGCCCAUAUAUGACAGAUGCAUUCUUGGGGUUUGCGCAAUGGGCUUUCGGGGAGAACGGCUUCCCAUCGCUGCAGCUGCUUGUGUAUGGAGAUUUGUCUUACGGGGGAAGGAAUUCACAAUAUAACGUGUUCCUUUGCAGAGACUCUACUCAUGAAGGGAAUUAUCGUCGGCUUCUGAGAACCACCGAACUCACCCGGAACCUUCUUGACCAAUAUGGCGACUUUCUACAGGCAUGUCCUACUGAUUUGUUAUUCAAUGAUUGA